UUAGAUGGCUACUCUAAAGAAGAAAUGAAUGCAAUCCUCAGGAAGUUUGACAUCAAAUCUCCCAACACUGGCAAUGAUUUGUCAGAUGCCCUCGAAUUCAAUCUUAUGUUCAGUACAUCCAUUGGUCCUACAGGAUAUUUAAAAGGGUAUCUCCGUCCUGAGACUGCCCAGGGGAUAUUUGUUAACUUCAAACGCCUUCUUGGUUUCAACCAGGGAAGAUUGCCUUUCGCAGCGGCACAAAUUGGGAAUGCGUUCAGGAAUGAAAUCUCUCCAAGGACAGGACUCAUUAGAGUUAGGGAGUUCACGAUGGCUGAAAUUGAACAUUUUGUAGACCCUCGUUGCAAAGACCACCCCAAAUUUGAGAGAGUGAGAGAUUUAAAGUUAUUUCUCUAUUCUUGCUGUAAUCAAUUGGAUGGACAACCUGGUACUUUGAUGAGCAUUGGAGAGGCUGUAAGCAAAGGAAUUGUAGCAAAUGAAACGUUGGGUUAUUUUAUGGCCAGAAUUCAUCUUUUUUUGAUGGCAGUAGGGAUAAAUUCUGAAAAACUCCGUUUCCGUCAACACAUGUCAAAUGAGAUGGCUCAUUAUGCAACAGAUUGUUGGGAUGCUGAAAUCAAAACAUCUUAUGGAUGGAUCGAAUGUGUGGGUUGUGCGGAUAGAUCUUGCUAUGAUUUAACUCAGCACACGAAAGCGACCGGAGUGAAGUUGAACGCUGAAGGACAAUUGAAGGAAUCUAGAACUGUUCAAGUGACGGAAGUUCAACCUCAAAUGGCGUUGAUUGGAAAAUCGUUCAAAAAAGAUGCCAAGGAAAUUACCAAAGCUUUGAAAGAAUUAGAGGGAGAAAAAAUUAUUGAACUUGAAAAAAAAAUUGAAUCCAAAGAGGUUUAUAUUCUUAAUUUAGGGGGGAAAAUCUUUGAAAUUACUAACGAUAUGGUAAAAAUAAACCGAUCUCAAAAAACUUUGCACGUUGAAGAAAUCAUUCCUGCUGUGAUAGAACCUUCAUUUGGAAUAGGGCGAAUCAUGUAUGCUCUCUUCGAACACAGUUUUCGUACCAGAACUGGUGAUGAAAUGAGAACGUUUUUCUCUCUUCCUCCUAACAUCGCCCCCCUCAAGUGCAGCGUACUUCCUCUCAGUAAUCAUCUGGACUUUGCACCCUUUGUCUCUCAAUUAUCUCAAGAUCUGACGAAUAAUGGGGUAUCCCAUCGUGUUGAUGACAGCAGCGGAUCUAUCGGACGACGCUACACCCGGACGGACGAGAUAGCCGUUCCAUUUGGGAUCACAGUUGAUUUUGACUCUUUAAAAGAACCUCUUUCUGUCACCUUACGUGAAAGAGAUUCUAUGGAACAGAUCAGAGUGCCUAUGGAGCAAAUUGCAGCACUUGUCAGGGACUUGACUUUUGGAAGGAGAACGUGGGAGGCAGCCAAGUGUUCUUUUCCUAGGUUUGAGCAGCAAGAAAAUACAAAGGCAGGAUAAAAUGGUGUCUUCUUGUUUCAAGCUGAGAUUAAAUGCAGUUGCUUCAGAAAAUUGUAAACUGCCAAAUUAAAAAAUUUUCUCUUUCUUU